AAAGUUCGUCUCUCUGCUUCUGUUCUCUCUUCUUUUCAUUCCUUUCCCCCCUCUCCUUUUAUACUCUGCUUCUACGAUACUAUACCAUCCAUACUUCAACGACCGCUUCGCGAGUCCGAGUCCGACGAUGAGCCAGACGCCAAACGACAGAAAUCAGCCAGCACCCCUAGCCCACCAUGCAUCGCACAGAAAGCUGCGCAGGAGCAGUAUUCACUGCUGGACGAUCUCGCGAUGGACGUCGUCGCCGUCGUUGAAGAGCAACUGGAAGAACUCAAAUCUGCCUCCCGGAAGGACGGUCCCAGACCGAACAAAAAAACUCAAGAGGCUAUCCUGGCAAUCACUCGGUUCAAGGAAAAAGCCUUGGAGAUUCUGCGGAGAGAGAUGAUAUAUCCCCGUACAGCCUUCGACCCGAUGCAGAAAAUGUCCUACGACACAGCUGCCGGUUCGGCCAACCAGGGCAACACCAUCUUGACCGUGUUCGGGAAGACUCCCCAGGGGAGACCGCUGUUUUCCAGCUUGCCCAGGUCGGUGACUCAUCCCGACGAGAAACAUGUCGCCCUCAAACAACCCUCGGAAUUCAUAUUACCCUCCAUCAUAAAGACCACACGCCUGGUCCCUACACGGCAAAUGGAGCGGAGUCGCACCCUAGGUGAAGUGUUCGGCCCGACACGACCUCUUUUACCUCUACAACCACCCAAGCAACCCAAGCCGCAGACCAAGGGCAACGUGCUUGGGUUCUCCCACCCCCAACUGGUCGAAAGAUCGAGCUAUCGCUCACCGUCCUACUUCAGCCAAAAACUGUCCGUCGGUUACUAUAUCGAUUACAGCAACACUACGUCCCCCACCGCCACGAGAGCGACGGUGCAUCAUAAGAGGGCACAGAGCCUUGCGGGACACAAACCCUCCACGUCAGAAUUGGAAGUCGCCGAGAUGGAGAGCCUUUUUCGCGGCGCCUUCUCGAGCUUUGCUCCCUGCAAAAACGACGCCGGGGCUGUGGUGCCGGCGAGCCUGGCGAGUCGGGUGCACUGGUACAAGGCCGGCCAACGCGACUUUAACCGGAUGAUCGAGGAAGUGGAACGAAAGGUGGAGGACGUAACCGAGUCUGAAAAGACGCCUGUGCCGGAGCCCAUGGAAGUCAACGAGGACAUCAUCGAGGAUGUCAUCAAGAACUGGGAUCCGGCCUUGGUCGACCCAGCUCUCAACAACGUCAUGUGCAAACCGAAGAGCGACGAGGAGAAGGAGGCAGAUGAGUUACUCGACGAAGUCUCCGACAUGAUUGUGACCCUCGCGUCGCACCAGCGGAUUCGUCAUCUCUCUCUUCCAUCCUCGCAAAAUCGGUACUCUGCAGACCCUGCCAACAGCGACAUGUUGGCGAACAGUACGGGUCCCUCCCCCUCCGAAGACGAGACGGCAGCGUACGAUGUCCUCAAAGCGCAGCUGGCGCUUAUCAUAAAGACUCUCCCGCCGUAUGCCGUCGCCAAGCUGGACGGCGACCAGCUAAACGAACUGCUCGUGGACACCAAGAUGGAAGUACACACGGAACAAUCAAAGGGCCUGUUAGACGAUGAGAGUGCCACCCAGGCCCGAGCGCGUCAACAGCAACAAGCGGCGGUCACGGCGACAGCCGCAAGCCGGUCAACCGGCCACCGGACGUCGAAUGCACCCACGUACGGAGCCCAGUUUGCUCCGGCAAACCAGUAUGGAACUCCAACCCGGCCGCCGGUGCCACAGCAGACGUUUUACCGACAAGGCCAAACGCCGAUACAACAGCCGCAGCCGCAGCCGCAACCGCACACCGUCCCACGUCCCGGCGCACCGCAUGCCAUCGCACCGCAGCCGUACCGACCACAGCUCAGCCAAGCACAUCGGCCUGCCAAUGGGUAUGCCAACCAUUAUGUUCCGCAGCUGGCCAAGUCUCAGACGCCUUACGGUCACCAUGGUUCGCCCCAGUAUACAGCCCAGCAGCGCCCUCCACAGUACCACCCGUACGGAGCCAGUACCCCGCAGCACAACUCCCCCGCACCGCGCUAUCAGGCAGGGUACGGUCAGGGUUAUCAGGCCCAACCGGGUACGCCGACCCCGGGUAAUUACGGUGGGUACCCCAACGGGACACCGACCAUUCAGCCGAGGCCCAUGUCUCCACAAGUCCGGGCCGGUCAGUACAGUCCGUCGCCGCCGCUCCCGCAGCAAGCACGCCCCGCUCAGCACGCUCAACCACACCAGCCGCUCUCGCAGCAUCCCCAUCCUCAUCACCAGCAACACCCACAGAUGCAAGCGCAGCGCCAGCGACAGUAUGCUGCGCCGCAUCAGAACAUGCCUGGGACGCCCAUCAAUCGCCAGCAGUACGCCACCAAUGGUGCGCAUCAGGUACCGCCGGGCAGUCUUGCGCAAGGUCCGACGGGAUACAUGACAUCCACGCCGGACCAGAACCACCACCACCAGCAGCAGCACCAGCAGCAGCAACGGCUGAUGGAGCAAGCGCGUGCCAGGGCGGCGGCACAGCAGAACAGCGUGUCCUUUGGAGAUAAACUCUCGCAGGGCGGUCCAGUCGCAGGCAUGGCCGGGAUGGGGGUCGGCAAUUACGACGGCGCCCAGUAUGCGGCACAACGAGCGCGAAUGGUGGGCGGGACGGGACCGAAGCCCCAGAGCCCGGUGAAUGCGGGCAACCUGGCUCGGCCCGGUCUUAACGGAACACCGCUCAUGCAACAAGCUCCUCCUACUCCCUUGCCCGGCACCCCUCAGCAGAACCACCACCAGCAGUCGCAGGUGCAACAACAGCCGACACAAAUGCCGCAGCAAGCUGUCGCCCAUGUUCAACAACCGCAUUAGCGAUUCCAACAUUGACAUGGGCAUAGUUGGUCCGUAUAAAACGCGCCGCUUUUUCCUAAUGCCUUGCUUUGUGAUUGCAUCAGGUAGGAGAACUUGCCGUUCUCCCUUUCUUUUUUUCCCAUUUUUCUCUCAA